UAUAACCCAUGUAAAUGAACAGAAACUUAAACCUGUAUAUUACAGUUUCCAUGACACGAUCACACCUGUUACUCACCAACGAUCAAAGAACCAACAUUCCACACUUGAAAGCAUUAUCACAGAGCACAUCGAACGGAAGGCGCUGAACACUGCAAUCAAAAUAAUUGUUCUCGAUGCGGUGGAAAGCUGAUAAAACACGCUCGGCAAUAUGACCAUGGCAUUAAGUCACUCGGCAACGUUGCACCGUGCAACAACUCUAAGCCAUGGGUACGGCAAACCAACCAUCUAGCAUCUGCUUUCUUCGAUGGAUCGGCUGGAUGGACACGAUCAACGGGAUCCAUCUGCACGACGAUUCUCGCCUAGCUCGGGCGUUCGAGUACACGUUUUACGCCCUUCAGCUGGUGCAGCUGCUGAAUGGGUACAAUUUCGCAGUGCUUUGCAGCAACGACACCAUCUCGCUCGAAACGUUUGCGGAACAGUUCAACCAGUUCGGUGGUAUUUUACUGACCCUGUCCCGUGUCAUCGCGAUUAAUAUUUAUCGUCCCCAGCUGAAAGACACGGCCGAGUUCAUCAAUGCCUGCAAAUUUCACCAUCUCAACGAGCGAGCAGAAGAGAUCCGUGCCGGAUCCAUCCACAACGCAGGCCGAUUCCUGUCCACGCUCCUAGCCGUCCAGAUAGUAACGCUUAUUUUCUGGUUCGUGCUAACUGAGCUGCAGGCCCACCGGCAAGACGUGCUGCUGCCCAUAUUCAUCUAUCUACCGUUUGACGCUUCCCACUGGCCACUAGUCGCAAAGGUAGCGUUUCGGUUGUACGCUUACCUUGCGUACGCUCAGCUAAUGCUUACCUUCUUCGGAAGCUAUAUCAUCACGAGCAGCUAUCUGCUAACGCUUACCAUCGAGCUUCGCAUCCUGAACGAUUCGUAUGCUGCUGCACCGACCGAUCCGCAGCAGUUAGUAGCAUUCCUGAAGGAACGGGUCGUCUACAAGGCGGCACUGCUGCAGCACAUCCGAACCAUCAAGCGGCACAUGAACGGGAGCGUUCUGUUGGAGCUGCUGUUUAUCGUGUGCCUGCUUGCGCUCAAUGGUUUGCGCCUGUGCACCACCACCACCACCAGUGAUCUUAGCGAGCUGGCACUGUCCAGCAGCAUGAUCCUGAUCUAUCUGCUGGAGCUGUUCCAGUACUGCUGGCAGGUGGAUGAGAUGGAGCUGCUGCACGAGGGUCAAGCGUUCGCCGUCUACUCAACGCCGUGGACGGGUGCCAUCAUGCAGUCGAAACCAUUCCUGCUGAUCACGAUCCGUAUGGCCCAGGUGCCGUUGCGCUUCAUGUGCGGUGGGAUGUAUCAACUGUCUACCGAGCUGUUUGCCUCCGUUUUGCAGUUUAUCUACUCACUCAUUAUGAUGCUUUUACAGUUUAAGUAAGCGAACUGCAGCAAAACCAUACUAUCACAAAAUCCCUUUUGCUCUCAUUUUGUAUACCUAUUACCAGAAG